UCAGAGGAGAGCGUUCAAAAUGGAAUCGACUUACGCGUACAAAUCCCACGAAUGCGUGGCGGUAGUCAACUUUGGGACGUCAUCAAUCACAUGGAUCAAAAGAUUUAUUGCUUAGAAAAUGAGAGGGCAUCUGAAGAAGUAUGCGGUUGGUAUAAUAAUCUAAAGUAUUUCGCCUUCUCAGCGCAUGAUUCUACUCUAAACGGUCUUCUGUCAGCGUUGGGUGCUAAAGAAAAAGUUGUACCGGACGAUCUUCCGGAAUAUACGGCAGCAGUGUUGUUUGAAUUAUGGAAAGUGAAUGGUCAAUAUAAAGUCAAGGUCAACUAUCACCGUAAUUACAACACUACACAAUGGGAAGACAUCACCGGAAACAUAAGCGGUUUGUUCGCGUUCCUUCACUCGCAACUCCCGAAGCUAUUAUCUAAGACAUUCCCGGUCCCUGGCUGA